AUGGCUACCUCACCUUCACUCACAACGACCAGCAGCAGCAACACAUUGCUCGCCGGCCUCAACUGCACCGGCAACGUCCAUCUCGUCAUCGGAACAAACCCCUUGGCCGCAGCUCGAUGCGCACAAUCUCUCGGGGCUGGAGCCCAUCCCAUCGUCGUUGCGCCAGAGACGGCUGAGCUGCACUACGGCCUGCAGCAGAAGAUUGACGACGGCAGCGUCAAGUGGGUGCGCGAGGAAUUUGAAGAUGACCAUUUGUUUCGACUGGGCAGAGAAGAGGUUGGGCGAGUCGUCGAUGCCGUGUUUGUAACGGCGGGGGCAUCACGAGACGAACUCGCCUCACACAUCUCCUCCCUCUGCAAGCGCAACCGCAUUCCCGUCAACGUCGUCGACGCCCCCCAUCUCUGCACAUUCUCCCUCCUCUCCGUCCACUCCGACGGCCCUCUCCAGAUCGGCGUCACCACAAACGGCCGCGGCUGCAAGCUCGCCUCCCGCAUCCGCCGCGAGAUCGCCUCCUCUCUACCUCCCAACCUCGGCGCCGCAUGUCACCGCUUCGGCGAGGCGAGGCGGCGCAUCCAGCAGCACGACGAGGGGGGGAGCCUUGGGGAUCUUGAUGACUCCGUCGACCAGAGCGCGCUGUUCAACAAGCUCGUCACCGAGGAGGACGAUGCCCGGCGCAAUAGGAGGAUGCGCUGGCUAAGUCAGGUCUGCGAGUACUGGCCCCUGAAGAAGCUCGCUUCCGUCACCGACGAUGACGUCCAUCGUCUUCUCGAAGCCUACGCUAGCAGCGCCGCAGAGUCAGACGCCGCAAAGCGCAGGCCCCGAGAUGGCGAUUUCGAUGAUGCCGGUCUUGAGCGGUCGCAGGGCAAGAUCAUCCUCGCCGGCAGCGGGCCGGGUCACCCAGACCUGCUCACCCGCGCAACCUACAACGCCAUCCAGACCGCCGACCUGAUCCUCGCCGACAAGCUCGUGCCCUCGGGCGUGCUCGACCUCAUCCCGCGCCGCACCCCCGUCGAGAUCGCCCGCAAGUUCCCCGGCAACGCCGAGCAGGCCCAGGACGAGCUCCUCGCCGCCGCCCUCAAGCACGCCAGGGCGGGAAAGACGGUCCUCCGCCUCAAGCAGGGCGACCCCUUCAUCUACGGCCGCGGCGGCGAGGAGCUCGCCUACUUCCGCCAGCACGGCUUCGCGGCCGCCGGCGCCGUCACGGUCCUGCCCGGCGUCACGAGCGCCCUCAGCGCGCCCCUUUUCGCCGCCAUACCAGCUACCCAGCGAGACGUCGCUGACCAGGUCCUCAUCUGUACCGGCACGGGCAAGAAGGGCAAGGCCCCCUCGCCGCCUGAGUACGUUCCCUCGCGGACAGUCGUGUUCCUCAUGGCGCUGCACCGCAUCGUCGGCCUAGUCAACACCACCACUACAACUCCGUCGUCGUCGUCAUCAAGAACCCUCUGGCCCCUCUCCACCCCCUGCGCCGUCAUCGAGCGCGCAAGUUGUCCCGACCAGCGCGUCAUCCGCACCACCCUCGCCCACGUCGCCGAGGCCAUCGAAGCAGAGGGCAGCCGCCCGCCAGGCCUCCUCGUCGUGGGCCGCUCAUGCGAGUUCCUUCACCCCAGGGAGCGAGGCAGGGCGUGGGUCGUCGAGGAAGGGUUCAGGGGCCUGGACGACGAAGGGAUGCUGCUGCCCGCGCAACUCCAGGGGCUGGCGGCGGCAGUGGGAGCGUAG